AUGGUGGCGACGCUGUUGAAGCCCGUGGGCUGCUACUUGCGCGUCGGGGUCGAGCGAAGCCACGACGGAGACGGCGGCCCGGACGCCCGUGUGGACAUGCGCUCGCUCGUGAUCCUGGUGGUGGUGAUGGUGUUGACGCUGUCGACGAUGGAGUCCAAGGGCUACGUCACGUGUGAGAUGUACGGCCCCGAUACCACGGCGACAAUGGCGACCCAGCCGUCCGCUUCGACGCCGACCUGUGUGUAUGUAGUAACCGCCGGCGCGGCGGAGGUGAGCGUGCUCCAGCUGGAUCACCCAGCGUUGCUGGCGUUCCGGCGUGCGAACGAUGAAAUGCGUGAGUUCGGCUGA